AUGUCUGCAUAUUUCCGUCCGACAGCCAAGGUGGUGAGUGCCACAGCACUAGGAGCUGGCCUGGCGUACACCGGCUAUCGAUAUUGGAAUACCACGCAUUUCUAUUUCAACACCGCCCACGCCGAAUCUCUUCCUUCCGAUUCGACAGCCGCUUUGAAGAAGAUGGAUUGGAAGGGAUUCACCGAGCUUAAGCUCGUCCAGGCUGAGAUGGUCAACCACAAUGUCAAACGGCUGACCUUUGCUCUGCCUGAUGAUCAAUCGAUCACGGGACUCUCACCAAUCACAUCACUGUUGACAAGACAUACACCUGAAGGUGCUUUCAUUCCGGUAUUCCGACCUUACACUCCAGUGAGUGACAAUGAUCUGGCGGGAACUGUAACUUUCAUGGUGAAGAAGUAUCCCAAUGGCAAAGGCUCAGGCAAGAUGCAUUCUUUGAAGCCUGGUGAUUCGAUGAAGUUCAAGCCUUUACAUGAAUUCGACUACAAGCCAAACCAAUUCUCUCACAUCACACUCAUCGCUGGAGGUUCAGGUAUCACCCCACUUUACCAACUGACCAGAUCCAUUCUCAACAACCCUGCCGACAAGACCAAGCUUGCACUGGUCUAUGCCAAUAAUACCGAAGAGGACAUCCUCCUUCGAAAGGAAUUCGAUGAGCUCGCCCAGCAAUACCCGGACCGAUUUCAGAGACUCUACACAGUCAGCAAACUCAGCUCAAGCACCGAUGGCCAGGUUCAACAAGGCUACGUCUCCAAGGAAAUGCUGGCCAAGGUCAUGCCGCACAAAUUGAAGGAGGCCAACACUAAGGUCCUUGUCUCUGGCCCCCCUCCCAUGGUUGAAGCUGUCGCUGGAGCCAAGGGUGGCUUUGGCUGGACGCAAGGUAGCAUUGGUGGCAUCUUGGGUGAACUAGGAUACAGCAAGGAAGACGUCCACAAAUUCUAA